AUGCAUAGUGAGGACCGCAAACAGCUGAUGAUUGGGUCAACAUCAUUGGCCGCCAACACUCGUUCAAGAAACUUGACCCUUUCUGUCGCAAAUAAAAAGCCAACUCAUACAUCAACUUCUCGCAUCGUCAACUUCGAAGAAGCAAAACACAACUUGAAGAAAGGAUACGAAAUGAAGCUAGUCUGGUCACCUGAAACAGCAUCAAAGGCCUACAUCGAUACUGUUAAAUCAUGUGAGGUUUUUCAAGAAUCCAGUGUGGCUGAGCUUAUUUCAGCCACUGCUGCAGGAUGGAACGCCAAACUUAUAGUAGAAACGUGGUCACGGGGUGGAAUUCUCGCCACAAGUAUUGGUCUAGCCAUAGCUAGCCGCCACACAGAUGGAAGACACGUUUGUAUUGUGCCUGAUGAACUUUCAAGAUCAGAAUAUGAAGAAGCCGUGGGAGAGGCUGGGAUGUCACCGGAAAUUAUCGUUGGGGAAGUAGAAGAGGCGAUGGAGGGGCUUGUGGGCAUAGAUUUCUUGGUGGUGGAUUCGCGGCGGAGGGAUUUUGCUAGGGUGUUGAUGCUGGCGAAGCUAAGCAGCAGGGGUGCUGUUUUGGUGUGCAAGAAUGCUAGUACAAGGAAUGGAUCAAGUUUUAGAUGGAGAAGUGUUGUUGAUGGCGGAUCGCGACGACUAGUGCGUUCUGUAUUUCUUCCAGUAGGCAAGGGAUUGGAUAUUGCACAUGUAGCAACCAGUGGGGGAAGUUCCAGUAAUUCAGGCAAGGGUGAACGCCGAUGGAUCAAGCAUGUUGACAGCCUAUCCGGAGAGGAGUACGUCAUUCGAAAGUGA